UUUUUCAUGCAUCCCUUUUUAUAAACCCAUUUGAAUGCUAGGCACAACUGCUAAAAUGGUUGCCCAGCGACUUGGAUUCGACUACAUUGACACAGGAGCGUUUUACAGAUGUGUAUGGGCGACCACCGGUUUUAUCUAAACACUCGUGUUAUCACCAUUGACGUUAUCUGGCAAAAACAAAGUAUACAUGUAUUCAUGAAAGCAAAGCAUGCACCCUACUGAACAUUAGAUCACCUUGGCCGCACUUUCGAAGGGCAUUGAUCCAUCCAACCCCGCCAACGCUGAAAAAAUCUCAAGCAUUGCAGAACAGUCCAGGAUUGCGCUGCAGACUGUUUUCGUGAAUGUAUCGAUGGGCAACACAGCCAUGCUCUCAGGAAAGGCUCCGUUACCUGCGACACGCGUCAUUCUCGAUUCAAAGGAUGUAUCUUCAGAGAUUAGGACUGGAAACGUCUCCAGACAUGUCUCCACUGUGGCGGCUAUCGGGAAAGUUAGAGAGGCUGUGCUGCAAAAGGUCCGGGCUAUCGGGGCCAGAGAAGAUCUUGAUCAGGUUUCAUCUGCUGCUGCCAGUGCUGGAGGUCUAGUCAUGGAUGGCAGAGACAUUGGAACUGUCGUAUUGCCCCAUGCAGAUCUUAAAGUAUUCCUCGUGGCCGAUAGUCGCGUACGUGCCGAGCGCCGGUUACAGGAGCUUAUCAGGAAUGGGGCAGAUACAUCAGCGCUAGAAAUGAAGGUCGAGGAUGUGCAAAAGGAUCUGGAAAGGCGAGAUGAGCUGGAUCGAACCCGGGAUGUAUCCCCACUGAAAAAGGCAGAGGAUGCCAUGGAGCUCGAUACUUCUGACCUCACCAUUGAGGAUCAAGUGGAUAUAAUUGUGCAGGAGGUUGACCGCCGGCGAACAGCCUAGGUACAGUAGCAGGUGGACAAUACAUAUUUGACCAUUUGGGACGUAUGCGACUU